UUUGCCUCGGCGCCCCGAGAUUAGAUUUCGCGCGGUUCCCGCGCUCAUCGACAGCGCGAUAUAGUGGACGUGCCAGUCGGAGGCUGCUCUGCAAUUCCAACCUCCCGUUCCGGCCUUCACGCGGCGGAAUAUUGCAAUUCGUUCGCUGGGUAUCGUCGCCUCGCAGUGCCGGCGAAUGGACCGCUCGACGGCGUUCGCCUGGCGCUGCGUCGCGUGCGAAUAAAGCACUUUGUCCGUCGCGCGCUGCCGUGACGAAUCGGAAAUGUUGAUUGCUAUUGUUGCCGGUCGCGCGAGCGCGCGUGUCAGUGGCACGAUUUCCGCGAGCCGACCGAGCGAAGCUCGCGCGCGCCUCUCUCUCUCUCUCUCUCUCUCUCUCUGCUUUCGCCCGAGCUGCGCUGGCGCGAUUUCAAGGGUUCGCUGUUCGCGCGUUCUACCCCGCCGACGUGCUCGUCUGGAAAAGCGACGUGAACGCGUACGGCGACGAGGCGAGCAAUUAAGUCGCAAGAUUGAAUUUGAAUUCAGGCGUGAAUGCGGCAGUGAUUGCGAAAGCUCGCUAACUUUUGCAUCAGUAAUAUAUUCAUUGUGCACGGCUCAAAGUGGGAAACGGGUCGGAUCCGGCCGGACGCGUAUACGUAUAUACGUAUACGCGACGACAAAGAGCAGCGUUGAUAAAUACUUAAUUGGCGUUGAAUCAAACGCAUUAUGGACCGCCAUUGAGUUGGCGGUAAGCGCAUUUAUUAGACGACAAUCUACGCGCUGGGCUAUACGCCGCCGAGGCUGCUUUUCAAAUCCGAAGUCGUUCGUUAGGACGAGAGACGCGCUCGCGUCCGUGCGCCCGGCCCGCGCCGACCCGCGCCGGCCCGCGCCGGCCUCUGCGCAUGUCAUCGCAAGCCACACGCAAAGGGGCGUGCGUGCACGCUGAUCGAUGGAUGCACCUCUCAGUCGUUCACCUGCGUCGCGCGCUCACGGCGCACGCGAGGCGCGAUGCCACUAGCCAGCAGCGAUUCCGCGAGAGCGUCGCCGAAAUUAAUCGAUGCUCGAUUUGCGGAUCUUUAGCGGCGGAUCGAGAUCCAGCGACGGAGAGCCCACCGCCCGAGCGCUAUCCAGCAACAUGCACGACAUCGACAAGUUCGGCAAGUACCAGCUGACCAUUUACGUGCUCAUCACACUGCCCCUCAUACUGUCGGCGGGAUUCACCCUCGACUAUGUGUUCACCGCCGGCGAAGUCAAGUACAGGUGUCUGGUGCCGGAGUGCGAGCGCGCCGACGGCACGCCGCUCGCGGCUCAAUUCUGGCUGAACGACUCGCUGCCCGAGGAGAACUGCAUGCGCUACGCGAGGAGCGCCCGGCAGGGCGCGCAGGACUGCGCGAGCCCGGAUUUCUUCGAAAGGGACCGGCUGAUUCCCUGCGACCAGUGGCUUUACGACCCCGACGAACUCACCAUACACAAUGAGUGGGGCAUAACAUGCGACGCAAACAAGUGGAAGCUGACCCUCAUCGGCACACUGAACAACCUGGGCCAACUGGUUGGAUUGACCUUCGCAUCAACCUUUUCGGACAAAUACGGCAGGCGCAAGGUGCUCACGACCAUCACGUGCCUCGCUGGACUCAGCGGUUUAGUGCACUCGUUUUCCGUCAACUACUGGAUGUUCGCCGUGUUCGAGUUCGUUGACGCCUGUUUCGCCGCGGGCAUCUACAGCUCCGGAUUCAUUUACGCGAUGGAGAUGACGGGAGUCGAAAAGAGGAUCCUCGGUAGCACGGUGAUCUCGUGCAUCUACGCCAUCGGCGAAAUGUGGCUGGGCCUCGCGGCCAUGUGGACGAGGAACUGGAGGCUCCUCAUGAGGGUCAUCUACGGUCCUGGGCUGCUGGUCAUUCUGCUCAAUUUCGUUUUGCCCGAAUCGGUCAGGUGGCUUCUGGCGAACGACAAGCGCGACCUGGCCGAUAAAGUCUACCGGAAAAUGGCUCGAGUGAACAAGCUCAACAUCUCCGAGGACGCCUUCAUGGAGCUGAAGAGCGUGGACAGCGAGAAGAGCAAAGAGGAGGAGACGAAGAGGCUCGAGAAAUCGACCGAGCUGGCCGACAACAAGCCGGAAGCUCGCGUCGCGCAGAUCUUCAAGAGCCCCAAGAUCCUCGUCCGACUGCUCAUCUGCUCGUUUUGCUGGCUGACCAACACCUUCGUCUAUUACGGCUUGUCGCUCAACUCCACCGAGUUCGCCGGCAACAAGUACGUCAACUUCAUCCUCGUCAGUGCCAUUGAGAUUCCCGGCAACAUCCUCGUGUUGCCCUUGCUCAACAAGUUGGGCCGCAAGCCCACGCUCUGCGGUGCUUUCUUGCUCAGCGGCGUAUUCUGUCUGGUCAUUCAGUUCUUCCCUAAAUCCGACAGCGGUAUCUGGGCCACUGUCGCGCUCGUCAUUUACAUCUGCGGCAAAGGCUGCAUCACCAUGGCCUUUAACACCUCGUACGUGUAUACCACGGAAUUGUUCCCCACGACCUUGAGGCAUUCACUUUUGGGCUUUUGCAGCAUGACCGGUCGCAUCGGAUCUAUUUUGGCGCCUCAGACGCCUCUGUUGGCGAAGUACAUCUACGAGGGGCUGCCGCUGUUACUUUUCGGAAGCAUGAGUUUGACGGCUGGCCUCUUGUCGCUCAAUUUCCCGGAGACCCUGGGUACCAAACUACCCGACACCAUCGAGGAAGCCGAAGUCGUGGGCUUGAGAAAGGACGCGGACAAACCGGAAAAGGAAUCGGCGAUUUCAUCUGCUUGACCCCGCUCGACUGCCAAUGCGAACAAGAUGACGAUCAUCGCGCAUGAGGAUUUUUCUUGGGUUCUAGUGCGAAAGAGCGGACAGUAUGCGUUCAUCGUUGAAUCGUUCCGUUGACUGUGACCUUGCUACGCGCCAUGAACUCCAGUGCCGACUAUAAAGACAUUCUUUUUAACGCGAGCUGCCGGUAUUGGCAGACAUGUUGAUUUAUGUGGUUAACGACUCAUUCAGUAUUACGCUUGUAAGCAUUCUGUCGCGGAUGACCACGAUGUUCGUGCCUUCCUAUUUCAAUUAGAAUGAUUUCGUUGAUUCUAUUAAAGUCGACUGAAUUUGUAAUUUCAACUGUUUCUCUCUGUUUCUCUCUCUCUCUCUCUCUCCCUUUAUUUACAAUUGUCUACGUUUUUUUUUGAUUGCGUAAACGAUGCUACAACAAAAUUGAUAACAUAAUUACCAACAUGAAACUUCAAAUUUUUCCGAGUGCAAAAGUAUGCUUGAAUUAAAACGCAUAUCGUGUAAAGAAACUGUUGAACGAAUGAUAUAUUAUUCCUGUUGCGCGUGAAUAAACAUUGACCAGUUUAGACAGAUUUUUUGUCAAAGAUAAUAAACAUUCUAUAGUUUCGAUAAUCAAACGAUCAUUUAGUGAAUGAUGAUGGA